AUGUCGACUUCAGCCAGUGAUAAUCAACUAUUUAAUGGGCAGUUUAAUGCUCAAAUAUUUGCAGCUAUAUUUGUUCCAGCUAUAUUUUUAUUUAUAAUUAUCUUAACAAUGCUUGUCUUUCUUAUAUAUCGUCAACCGUCUGAUUAUGAUAGUUAUAUAAUUAAUAAUGAAAAUGAACGUAAUGAUAAUAAUAAAUCAGAGUGUAAAUUCGAAAUAUUAUCUCGAACACCAACUAAUUAUGCAUAG